CCUCUAUCAAGCCCCCCAAGACCUCUUUCGAAAGAGCCGCGAGCUCACCUCUUCGUCUCCACACCCAAAACAGGCGACUACCCUUCGAGAACUCCGAGCACCUGCAAUAUGCUCUCGAAGCUCUUGUCUCUCCUCGCGCUCGCCGCACUGGCGGUCGCAGCACCUCAGCGUCCGAUCAUCGAUGGAGUCGAUGCCCGCAACGUCCAUGUCACUCGAGACGCCCGCAACUGCACCUUCACCGCCCAAUUCAGCGAGCGCUGUGCCUUCAGACCUUCCAGCACCACGAAGGUGACCUACGCCAAGGUCUCCAACCUGCUCACCCCUUCCAUGUCCGCGGUCCCCGUCCCCGACAAUGAGCAGCCCAUCUCCCAGCAAGCCCUCACCGUCCCCAUCACCUCCCGGAACGAGCUCAUCAAUGGCAACCUCUCGAUCGAUCGCCUUGCCGGCGGCGACGGCUCGGUCCACUUUGGCUGGGACUGGGUGAGUCCAGCCUCGCAUGCGCCCGAGAUCGUCACCUGGACCGAGAAAGAUGACGGUGCGGAGACACGGUAUGGAUGUCGUAUUGAUCAGCCGUGGUCGAAGGAUGGGAUCACGUGCGACAAGGUUGAUCCGGCGGACCGGCGGCUGGGAAUACUCAUCAAAACUCAGACCAAGAUCUGGUGUACCACUGCUGCUCCGUUGAAGGUGGCCUACGCGUUGACGUCAAUUGCGACAGUACAAAACCACGAGGAUCCGUGGCGCACCAGCCCGUUAUUGAUCCCUCUUGAACCUUUAGAUGUCGCAACGCAACAAAGAUCCACGGCAGAGAGACGGAUCGGCAAGCUGUACCAUCCAUACCGCACGAUCGAGUACUUUUUCUCGGCGGUGGAGAGGGCUCAAGUAAAUCCUAAGUACGGCUGUUGCCUUGCAAAUCAAAGGAAAGCAGCCAGCUCAUCCUGA